AUGAUCGCACCCCAUUGGUACAACAAUGCACACAGCAUAAUCUACAUAACAAGGGGAGAAUCAAGAAUUCAAGUAGUAGAUCACAGAGGAGAAUCAGUGUUAGAUGACCAAGUCAGAGAAGGACAAUAUAUAGUUGUGCCACAGAACUAUGCAAUAGUAAAACAAGCUGGAAAUGAAGGCUGUGAAUUUAUAGCAUUCAACAGUAAUGACAAUGCUAUGAUCAACACCCUAAGUGGUCGUACCUCGGCUGUUUGGGGAUUGCCCGUGGAUGUCAUUGCCAAUGCUUAUCAGAUAUCAAGGGACGAAGCGCGGAGGCUUAAGUUUAAUCGGGAGGAAACUCUCAUUUUCCAAGAUAGUUAG